UCAUGAAUUACCUAAACCUGCGUAGUAUCGUAGGGUAUUGGAUAUUAUCUACCUAACCUAGGCAGGUACCCACCUCGUAGGUGCCCAGUGCCUAAGCUCCGUGAGGAGCACGCCUUAGACAUGCAUGACAUGACAGCUUGGAGGCGUAGUCAUACGUAUCCAUAGAUGUCCACGGAGGUAAGGGGUAUAUAAAAUGAAAUCUGUGCCGCCGCGAUCGCCGACUCGUCAUUGCAGUAUUUGACAUUCCAAUUGUACUCCCAACACCAACAUUGAAAUGCAGGCCUUCAUGCAUUAAAAAAAGCUACCACCCUUUGGACGGUGGUCCAUACAUAUGACAAACCAACAAAGACAGCUGAUGAAUGCACAUCGCUGAUUGGCUUCGAUGCGAAGACGAUCGUCGUGUUCACUACAUAAGGUAAUCAUGUCACAUCCAUCAAUCAACUCAUCCUUCAAGUGCCGCUAAUAUUUGGCUACUUGCGCUACCUAGUCGUUUCAUUCACAGUGUUUUGUUCCUUUUCCACCCAGGAACUACUCAAUAUGAUGAGUUUGCUUAAUCUAUCGACGUCAACUGGGGUUGCUACAUAUGUCCUCUACGGCCUCUUAUCUACAGUCGUUCUAGCUCUCAGCUACCAGCUACUCUUACACCCAUUGCGAAACUACCCAGGGCCGCUGAUCGCCAAGUUCACCAACGCAUAUGCGGGCUACUUCGCAGUGAAGCGAAACAUUCACUUAGAGAUAUGGAGAAAUCAUCAGAAAUACGGGCCUGUUUUCCGGCUGGGACCAGAUAGGCUCGUGUUCAGCACUGCCCCGGCUUUGCGAGACAUAUAUCAAAAUGAGAGAGUCACGAAACCGCCAAUCUACCUGGCCACGCAGUCGCAGUCUAACGCGCACAGCACAUGGAACUCACUAGACAGGGACAUGCAUCGGCGCAAGCGCAAGCUCGUCGGGCGAGCCACCACCGAAGCCUCCAUGCGCUCCUUCGAGCCGACCAUGGUAGAGCAGGUCGACAUAUUCAUCCAAGGCCUCGCUCGCGACCACCAGAAACAGCAGCCCAUCAACGUGAAGGACCGAUGCAGCUACCUAAGCUUCGACAUCGUCGGCCUCCUCUCGUUCGGGUACGCCCUGAACCUGCAGCGCGACGAGCAGAACCAGUUCCUCGCCGAGCAGCUCGCGCACGGAAACCACCGCAUGAACGUGUACAUGCAGUUCCCCUUCAUCGUGCGCCACAAGCUGCAGACCUGGAUCAACCUGCUCUUCCGCCAGGGGCGGGAGAAGACGGCGCGGCUCAUCGAAACUAUGAUUCGAAGCCGUAUGGCGGACGACACGAAGGCGAGGCGCGAUUUGUUCUCCUUCGUCGCGGACGCGGUCAACGCUAAAGACGACGAGGGCCUCCGCCUUGGCGAUCUCUGGUACGAGGCUUUCUUCUUCAUCGUUGCAGGCGGCGACACCACGGCCACAGCGCUAAGCGCCACGUUAUUCUACCUGUCGCGGAACUCGGAGUGCUACACCAAGCUCGCGACUGAAAUCCGUACGGCAUUCCGGAAAGGGGCAGAGAUUUCCGGGAAAGGGCUUGCGGGCUGCCAGUACCUCCGUGCUUGCAUUGACGAGUCGUUGAGGAUGUCUCCGCCGACGCCUGGCACGCUUUGGCGACAUUUAGCGCCAGAGGAGGAGGGGCGCGGGCCCUUCGUGGUCGACGGCCAUGUCAUUCCUAAGGGCACAAAGGUUGGCGUGAACACUUAUUCGCUACAUCACAAUGAGGAGUACUUCCCCAACCCCUUCAAGUACGACCCGGGCCGGUGGCUGAUCGCCGGGGACUCGGACGAAAAGGCCGCAAAAAAGAAGGCAAUGCACGAUGCCUUUGCCGCCUUCUCUGUCGGGUCCCGGGGCUGCGCCGGGAAGCCCACGGCAUACCUGGAGCUCAGCUUGUCCCUUGCCAAGAUCCUUUGGUAUCUCGACUUUGAGACCGCGCCUGGAGAGCUUGGUCAGGUCGGUGUUAGCCAGGAAGGCGACUUCCGCCUGUACGACAUCUUCACGUCCACUCACGAUGGGCCGUACUUGGUUUUCAAGCCCCGCGAUACAUUUGUGGAGGACUUUGGCAAUGCCCCGGUGAAUGGGUGAUGCUAUCUUCGACACUCUCGUAUCAGAUCAUGACAUCAAGUUUGGGGUUAGGAUAUACCUACCUAGGGUAGGAAUCUGUUGACAUGCGGGGUAUCUAGUAGGUAUCAGUGAUACUCCUAAGUAUGUAAUAUAUAGAUCUCUUCAGCUGGAGCUUGGGGAUAUAAGACACGGCUCGCUCAGAUCUCGAUUGAAAGCCAACUAUCGCUCUAAAGAAGGUCAAGAUAGCUAGCAAGACGUUUUGCAUACAAGUGAUGUCUAGAUACAUGGCAUAAAACCCCCAGGACUACGCCCAAAUGUCCGUGAUAACAUAGUUUACAUCUAAGUGUUGUGUAAAGAUGUAUGAAACAAGUUAGCUCCUGUACUUGGAGCAGGUACUUUCACU